AUGUCCACUCCUCGAAGCGGCGGUAGUUCGAGUUCCAGGGGUUCCAAGACUCCAGAGAAGACUCGGUCAUCCGUCUCACAGCUCAUCGACUCGCUCAACACCCACCGAAUCAACACUCUGACGGAGCUCUGCCGCAUCGAGCGCAUCGCCGCAACGUGCGACUCGGAGGCAGAGGCACGAGCCUUUCAGCAGCCCAUGACCUCGGCCUGGAUUCACUAUGUAUCGAGCAACCAGUUCCUCAUUGAGCUCCGCGGCCUGACCCGAAACUAUCCCCUGAGCGCCGACAUUGUCACCGAGGCGCACCGGCGUGUUCGCUCAGACCCGGAGAGCAACCGCAGCUGGAACCUGGCGUGGCUGUGCCUAACACGGAUGCGGGACGACGGGCUGGUGAGGAUUUUCUCGGACGCCGAAGCACGGAAGCCGGAGAUGUGGGGAGGAAAGGGCCCGAGCGAGAAGAUGGUGCAGCAACUGGCGACGUGCUUUGAGGACGAGUGGAGGGCGGCGAUUGAGACGAUGCUGAGGCACUGGGCGACGCCGCCGACCUGGUACUAA